AUGGAUCCAAAUAAUUAUAAUGUGAUGGGAAUCGAUCUCGGAACUACCAAUUCGUGUGUUGCUGUCUGGAAAAAUGGGCAGAUUGCCAUAGUUCCGAAUGAUUGUGGAAAGCGAAUAACACCUUCAGUGGUGUCAUUCCUCCGGGAUGGAGUAUUGGUAGGCAAUGCAGCCUCGAAGAAAAUGACGGUGAACCAUAAGAACACUGUUUUUAACUGCAAGCGAUUGCUUGGCCACAAGAUAACAGACGAAGUAAUUAAAAGCGAUCUAUCUUUAUUGCCCUAUGUAGUAGUAGCUGAUGAUGACAACAAUAUUAAAAUCCAAAUAGAGACAUCCGAAGGCGAGACCAAGUAUUACUCCCCCGAAGAGAUUAGUGCCAUGAUCUUGCGUUAUUUGCGAUCUCAGGCGGAAGCGUUUGUGGGCCACGUCAUCAACGACGUGGUGAUUACAGUCCCUGCGUACUUUACGGAAGCCCAGCGCAAAGCAACGAGUACUGCAGCUCGGCUGGUGGGUCUCAAUGUACUGCAGUUGCUGGAUGAACCAACGGCUGCUGCAAUAGCGUAUCAUUUUGAACAAAAGAGCAGAACGCAGCACAUUCUUGUAUAUGACCUUGGUGGCGGUACCUUCGAUGCGUCUGUUUUGCAAGUGAGUGACAGUACGAUAAGGGUGUUGACGCACGAUGGAGAUAACCAUCUGGGUGGAGAGGAUUUUGAUCGCAUGCUCAUGAACUAUCUGUUUUUCCAGUAUGAGAAGCAGAAGGGCGAAGACGUUAUGAACGACCGGGUUUGGCGUGCUCGAAUGCAUGCUGUAGCAGAGUCUUGCAAAUUGGAGCUUUCUGUUGCGUCCUCCUCCUUGGUUGAGUUUGACAAUUCUGAUUUUACUUACUCUGUGUCUCGCUUUCUUUUUGAGAAUCUAAAUAAAGAGUUGUUCAACCGAACGAUCUCGAUUGUUGAGCGGACCCUCAAAAAAGCCCAACUUUCGAAAGAGCAGAUUGACAAUGUGAUUUUGGUUGGUGGGUCCACUCGAAUUCCCCGGAUUCAGCGUCUUUUGGGAGAACGCUUCGACAACAGUAAGAUCUGCAAAGGAAUCAACGCCGACGAGGCUGUGGCCACGGGCGCAGCGAUUUACGCGGCGUACCUUUCCUCCCAACAAAUAAAGCAGUACCCAUCUUCGGUGUUGCUGUCGCUGGGCAUCGAACUCCAUGGCGGAAUUAUCGAGAAGAUGAUUCCUCGGGGGUCUCCGAUUCCUUCGUACAGCGUGCUGGAGUUCACAACGCCCACGGACUACCAGAACAAAAUAUUGUUUCAUAUCGUGAUGGGGGAGCGGUCGCUGCUCCGUAACAAUAUCGUUCUGGACACAAUAUUGCUCGAAGACCUGCCUCUGUGCCGUGCGCAUGAAAUGACGAUCAAGGUGAAGAUGACGGUGAACUCGAACUACCAUCUCAUUACGGAGGUGGAUAUUCCGGAGAAGGUUCACAAGGUGUCCGACAUCUUUUUGGGCAAUUCCGUGGAUUCUGCAGAGAUCCCUCGCUUGAUUCGGGAGGCGGAGGAAAAGGCUUUCGAGGACAGGGAGUUGGUGGCUCGUCAUACCGAGAUGAGUAUUCUGGAUUGCUUGGUGGAAGAAGGACACGCGCUGCUGAAUUCGAGAAAUCCUCGCAUGACCACGGACUGGAUUCAGCAGAUGAACGAUAUGUUGGUCGAGAUAAGAGAGUGGAUGAAAGUGAAUGAGGAUGCGGAUAUAUCUGAAUGUCAGGAGCGUCAGCAAUUAAUUCGAAGAAAGCUGCUUCCUGUGGUUAGUCGUUGA